AUGUUCAACAAAUUCUCACAGUCCUCGGUUCUUAUGGACGUUGGGGCCCUCCUGAGACAUUUGGAAAAUCCUAACUUGUUAAAACGUGACAUCACGACCAGCCUCAGCGUCUAUACCCACGCCAACCCUUCCGACGAACUUGAAGCCACUGUCACUGGUCUGCACAGUGAGGUAGCCCCUUCCGCUAGGCAGAUAUUGGAUACACGAGAUGUCUCGACUGAUGCCCUCGGUCUGGUCGACGCCAAUUCCCACGGCUCGGCAGAUUUGAUUGUGCAACUAUUGCGCCAGCGAAUCCACGAACUGGAGACGGACAGAGGCUGGUUGACUGGCGAGAAUCGACUGCUGGUCGAGGCGGCAGUUCGAGGCUGUCAGGCCUCCCAAUCGAAGUCGAGCCUCCAAGAUUUUGUGGCUUGUUCUCCCGCCGUUUCGUUGAUGAGCCUGACAACUGAAAAGGCGACGCCAUCGCAGUUCAUCCACUCGACACUCCGUGCCUCGGCCAGGUCCGACGGCCGUCAAGCGUAA